GCUCCGACCCCUUUCUGUUCAACCGAAGGAACAUGGCGGAUGUCCGUCAGUCCGACGACGCGGCAACGUGCCCACGUCUCUUCUCUGUACUGGGCGGUGCGGUGACUCGGGCAUCCCUGCAGCAGCUCCAGCGUGACAUCGACGUGAUGAUGGAGGUGCCCGACGCCCCCACCUCUACACGAUCGGCGAGUCCGACCUCCCACAACGCCCCGGCAAAGCGCACCCCGAGUGUGCAGUCUUGGCGACGCGUGCUGGAGGCGUUACGAGCAGCCCGCACGAACACUGACGACGCCGAUGCCAGUGCGAGCACGUCGGCAACGGAUGUCCCAGCGCCGUCUGCAUCGUCUGCGCCACCAACACAGCUGCUGUCUCCUCAUGGGUCGGCCGCAUCCGUACGUGACACCUUAGUUCAUUUGUUGGGCGUCUCCACUGGUUCCGCGUUGUAUCGCGAGUGUGUGGCGGCGCCGCGUCGACGCGUUCGGCAUAUGGUCAAGCAACUCGCUCAAGCGGUUCGCACGCAGUACCUCCGCCGUCUUUCACUGUCGGAGCCGGUGGAUGUGCACGUGCAGCUGUACCCAUCUGCCGCUGAGGCAUCGUGCUCUGCCGUCCCGGCCGCAUUGCGUGAGAACAAAGGCUUCUGUGCCGCCAUUACCGUGCGCCGUCUCGCCGACCUCGCCGACGAAGCCGCAGCUGGACAGCGGCUGAAAGAGCGCUACAUGAACGUUGCGGCGCAAGGGCAGACGCUGGCCAGCGCAUUGGCAUUCUGGGCGGACGUCUCGUAUGGCGAUGCGCCACCGGCUGCGCUGGCCGAGUAUCCCCCGUUGGGGUUUGAAGCAGAGGAUUCGGUGAAUGGGGCAGCGCCGCUGACCCGCACAGGCACCACCAUGAGUACAACAGAGGAUGAUGGGCGGCGGUUGGGCCAGAAAGCAACGCGGCCAACACGCGUGGGAGAGGAAGAGGCGGGAGACGAGGUCGCGAGUUCAUCGUUGCUGCUGGGGCUACCGGAGCGGAGACAGCAACUCGUUCCCGACCCGUCAGGGCGUCCAACCUGGAUGCAGCCGAGCCUUCUCUCGUCGCCCUCCACGGCAGCAAAAGGGGGGAGGUCAAGCGCCGACAGCCGGCAAGGGGCGGCACUGCCACACCUGUCCUACUCCCCAGUCGGCUUGGUGGCGGUGUUGUAUGUGCACAGCUCCGGCGUGGCCUAUGUGGGCUACCCGCCUGCGCCGCAGGGGAGAGAGGAGGAUUCUGAGGCGGACACGUCGUCACUUCCCACCGCGGUGACACCGAUCGUUGCGGCUAGGCCGCCUCUUGUGUGCACGUUGCCGAUGCUCUCGUCUACGGGCUUCACGCGAAGCCUCUUAGGACUCAGCUAG